AUGAUAGCACAAAAUUCUCAGUUCGUUCUUCUUACCACGUUUAUUCUCAGUGCAUUAUCAUUAUCACAAAACGUGACAUCUAACCAUGUGGUAAUCCGAUAUGCAGUUCAAAUUAUAUCUGAAAAUAAUCUGAAGAAUGCAUUGAACCCUUCUCAAAUAACCCGAAUCUCAAUACUUGAAGGUUCACUUCCCAUUAUUCACCCAGACUCUAUUACAGAUUUUCCUGUUUUGAAUUACCUGGUACUAUCACGAUCUGGAAUCGAACAAAUCCAUCCUGGCGCAUUCGAAAAUCUCCCAGUUCUGAAAAGAUUGCACCUUUCCGAAAACAAACUAACAACCAUCGAAGCAGGAGUAUUCUCAAACUUGAACCUGCUCUACCUCAACCUGGGCCAAAACCUAAUCGAAACCAUCUCUCCUCACGCUUUUGACAACAUGACGAAACUAACCAUGUUGGAUUUAAACCGCAACCAAAUCAAAAUUUUCCACCCAGAAUGGUUGCAAGGGAAACCACGUCUUGGUACUGUGCGUUUGGGGUACAACCAGAUCGAACACCUACCCAGUGGUGCUUUCGCCAACUACCACAAAAACGCCCAUCUUAACAAUAACAAAAUUAAGAGUGUUUCACGGGAUAUUUUUGGGUCUGAUGACAAUAUAACUUUUGGGAACUUGUUGUUUUCUCAAAACGAAAUCGAAGAGUGGAAGGAAGAUUUUGUGAAAGGUGCGAAAAUUAAAACUCUUGAUAUGUCAAGGAAUAAAUUGCAGUGUUUGGAAGGAAAGUACGAGAAUUUUUUUGUCGCGCGUAAAACUAGAAUUGAUGAUAACCCGUGGAAUUGUGAGUGUUUUUUUAAAGUGGAAAAAUGGGCGGUUCAGCACCAACGAGAACAUGGGGUGGAUAUGGCAGUUUGUGCCAAGGUAUGCCAUGCAUCUGUUUUGCCCCCCAGGCAGUGCCGAAUGUAGUAGGUGUCCAAUUCUUCCAGGAAACUUUACAUUUUUCGAAACUGCAUUCUUGUCAGUGUAUAUGUAGGUGAUAUUUUAUAUUUUAUGUCCAUUCUUCACUUUCAUUAGUGAAUGAAUGAAUAACCAUAUACAUACAUAAAAAUAAGAUAUAUUGGGAAAAUAAAAUUUGGUCCUGCUUGA